UGCAGCGGGGACACAGGCCCCAUCGAGUCAACACAACUGCAUAGAUAAGCACUUACUAAUAAUAAAGCUCGGUUUGUAUAUAAUUUUCAUGGAGUACUACCGCUAACACAUAUGGAGUGUCAAGAGGAAAAGCCGAUCAUCUAUACUAUGGAAAACAAGCCGAUUGUGACAUGUGCUGGAGACCAGGGCUUGUUUACGUCUCUCUAUACCUCAUUGGCCCAGCAACUCCCCAGGGAGCCAAUGGAGUGGAGGAGGACGUACGGCCGCGCACCAAAAAUGAUCCACCUUGAAGCUAAUUUCGUCCAGUUUAAAGAGGAGCUCCUCCCCAAGGAGGGCAACAAGGCUCUCCUCACCUUCCCCUUCCUCCACAUCUAUUGGACCGACUGCUGUGACACGGAGGCGUAUAAGAGCACGGUGAAGGAGGACAUGACGCGCUGGCAGACCAGCUUGCGGGCUCAUGCCUCAGCGGACUGGGUCAUCAUCGUCGUGGAGACCAACGACACCAAGAAGAAGAACAAGACCAACAUCCUGCCGCGGUCGUCCAUCGUGGACAAAAUCCGCAGCGAUUUUUGCAACAAGCAGAACGACAGGUGUGUGGUGCUGUCGGAUCCUCUGAAGGACUCGUCUCGGUCUCAGGAAUCCUGGAACUCCCUGCUGCUCAAGCUGCGGACCCUCCUCCUCAUGUCCUUCACCAAGAACCUAGGGCGCUUCGAAGACGACAUGCGCACGCUCCGAGAGAAGCGCACGCAGCCUGGCUGGAGCUUCUGUGAAUACUUCAUGGUCCAAGAGGAGCUGGCCUUUGUUUUCGAGAUGCUGCAGCAGUUUGAAGAUGCCUUGGUCCAGUACGAUGAGCUAGACGCUCUUUUUACCCAAUAUGUCCUUAACUUCGGAGCUGGAGAUACGGCCAACUGGCUCGGAUCGUUCUGCGCCCCGGUGCGCACCUGGAGCGGCUUGUUGCUUCGGCGGCCCAUCGACAUGGAGAAGAGGGACGGGAUCCAGCGCGGGGAGGCUAGCCUGUUGGAUCUACGGAGCUACCUGUUCUCCCGCCAGUGCACCUUACUCAUCUUCCUCCUGAGGCCCUGGGAGGUCACCCAGAGGGCCCUGGAGCUGCUGCACAACUGUGUGCAGGAGCUGCGGCUGCUGGAGGUGUCUGUGCUGGAGGGGGCCCUGGACUGCUGGGUGUUUCUCAGCUGCUUGGAGGUUCUGCACAGGAUCGAGGGCUGCUGUGAUCAGGCCCAGUUAGCUGCGAACUGCUCCCAUACUGUUGGGCUGUGGGCUUACGCGACUGACAAGCUGAAGUCCCUGGGGGAACUCUGUGGCCUGGUGUCAGAGAAGGGACCCACAUCUGAGGACCUGAACAGGACUGUGGAUCUGCUGGCCGGACUGGGGGACGAGAGGCCCGAGACUGUCAGCAGUUUGCAGAGCCCUUACAAAAAGCUGAAGGAAGCCUUGUCGUCUGUGGAAGCUUUUGAAAGACACUAUCUGGAACUCUCCCAUGCUGCCAUGGAGAUGUACAGGGCCAUCGGCCGGCUGAGGUCUGCCAGGCUGGUGGGGAAAAGCCUUGCCGAGUUCUACAUGAGGAAGGGGGACCCCGAGCGGGCAGAAACCUUCUUACAGGAAGCUCUGAAGUCGUACACAUCGGAGGGAUGGAGCCUCCCUGUCACUCACACCAGGAAACAGAUUGCCGGGUGUCAGAAGCUGCUGGACAGAACUGAAGACUACCUGCAAACCAGUGCCUUGCUGGCUGGUGAUGUGAAUCUGACCACGGAGGAAAGGAAGCACUUUUGUCAAGAGAUUCUGACCUUUGCCGGCAAGUCUGAAGAUCAGUCUCCCAAAGUGACCCUCAGCAUGGGCGUUUUCUCUCAGCUCACGCGGCUACAGUUCCGUCCGGCCACGGCGUCGGUGCACUCCGGUGCCGUGCUGCAGGCGGAGCUCACACUGCGCUGUCUGAUGCCCGUUUCGGUGCACAUACAGCAACUGGCGGUAAGCAUCCACUUCGACCUGGAGCGUGCGGGGACCAACGGAAGGUCCAAGGGAGUGCCGAGGCAAACCAACCCGGGGACGGUGGAGUUCAGCCAGGCCAACUCGUCGACGGGUCCCGCGUCGGCAUCGGCGGCCGGUCCCCCUUUGGAGCUGGACGAGAUUCAGGACAGGAGUCCCUCGGACAAUUCCCUCAACUCCACGGGAGUGGUGUGCAAAAACACUCACCUGGUCAUGCGUCACCACGACAGCAGCUCGCCGACGGAAACGCCCAACUGCGUCACCCCCCCUGCCAUCACCGUGAAGGAUGGAGGACAGAUGCUGAAAGUGCAGGAUGUGACGUUAGAGCCCGGGAACAACAGCAUCACAUUCACAGCACCGAGUGGACAACCGGGUACCUACACGUUGCGUCAGCUCUAUGCCACCGUGGGUCAGGUGCAGUUUGUGCUGCCUCAUAUCUACCCAUCGGUCCAGUAUGAAGUCUAUUCUCAGGAGCCCCAGCUCACUGUGGAGCCUCUCUCAGAGCCACUGUUGGCUGGCCUGCCCCAGAUGGUGAAGUUCACUCUGCUGACAGGUCACUACGCCGUGAAGAAAGGCGAUGCUCUGCAGCUCAGCAACACGGACACCAUGCCCAUCCUGCCCUCCGCCAGCUGCACCGCCCGCAUCACCAGCCCCGCAGCUGAGUUGGUGAGUGAAAGUGCCCUGUCCAUCCAGUCGUCUGAGAAGGUGACCAGCAUCAGCCUGCCUGCCACGCCUCCUUACCACACUCUGGAGUUCCACCUGGAGGUCCUGUGCAUCAUCCCGCACGGGCCCGACCGGCCUGCCAACGAGAGGCUGACCAACGGGGAGGUCCGCCACCGGCCGCGUAGCUACAGUCACCCUGACACGCCCAUGACGGCCAUCGACCAGAGGAUGUCCAUCGACUGUCCGUGGUCCAUCUACUCCACGCUGCUUGCCCUCACCUUCUACAUCCCCUUCAAGACCAAACACUCUCUGCUUUCUGCUGGUAACAGGAAGUACAUCCAGGUGUGUGUGCAGAACAUGUCGGAUGUGAACUUCACGCUGGCAGAAGUGAAGCUGACGGAGAAGCAGCAUGAAUCGCUGGAGCUGCAGUCCCUCAACACUAAAACUCAACAGCUUUUGUGCAGCAAGCACAGCGUGUUCUGCUUGUGGGAGGUGAGUUGGAAGGACGACCUGCCCUCCUGCCUCCAGUGCGUCUUCUCCGCCAACUUCUCUCCACCCAAGCAAGACGUCUCCGCCUUCAAACCCUUCCACUACCAGUUCCAGCUGGAGAGUGUCACCACGUUGUACAGUGUGAGAGCUGAGAUCUUGCCUCCCGCCGGCGAGCAGCACUGCCGCUCCGGCUUCCUCUGCGGGCUGGAGGUGUGCAUAAUGCGACUGACCGAACCUGCCGAGGGGGAGGCGGCAGAGGACAGCAAGACCGACACCGACGGCCUCAGAACCACCAAACUCAUGUAUGAAGGUAAGUCAGCAGGAGAAGGGCGUUAUCAUCCGGGCUUUCUAUGACAAGAUGGAUAAACAGGAGCAGAAAUUAAUAAUCGCAGAGGGAGUGGGGAUUACAGUGGCACUGAAGGAAAUAAUCAAAAAUAAUAAGUAAUAUGUAUAUUUACAGUGACUCCAAUGUGAAUAUGAACAUGAAAUUUAAUCUCAGUCUAAGCUCUU